ACCUGAGCGACUUUCGAUCGGCUGUAAAUCCUGUCCUAAUGCAGCCGAAGAACGUGCGGCUUUACUAUAAGAAGAUGUCCCAAGUGAACCAGGAGUUUGUGCAACGUAUUAAAGCACUCCGUGAUAUCGAUACCCAGAAAGCUCCAGAUGAUUUCUUAAACGUUAUAAAUCGGUGGACCCUCGAGUCAGUCUCUGUGGUGGCUCUGGACAAGCAGUUGGGACUGCUCAAAGAGUCGGGCGAUAACGACCAGGCUGUGUUACUUUUCAAGUACCUGGACGAUUUUUUUGAAUUAACAGCCGAUCUGGAGAUGAAGCCCUCCAUCUGGCGUUACGUUUAAAACACCCAAGCUA